CUAAUUUUAGGACCAAUGGUGCCGGUAUUUGAGGACUACAAGAGGAAGUUGUUUCCUUAUGGAAGUCAAGAUACACUUGCAUCAAUAACAGCACUUGGUUAUGUGUUAUUCCUAUUUGAAACAGGUAUAAAAAUGGAUUUUUGCACGAUCAUGAGAACGGGAAGAAAAGCAUGGGUGAUUAUGUUUUUCGGGUUAGUAAGCCCUAUUAUAUUUGGUUUUGCUACCCGAAAUGUAAAGGGUAUGGAUGCUUUUAGCAACAGUCCCCUUGAAGGAAAUAUAAUAAUGAUAGGACACAAUACAACUUCAUUCGCCGUGGUUGUUGCUCUUUUAAAUGACCUUAAACUUCUAAACUCCGAACUUGGACGAUUAGCAUUAUCUGUUUCUUUGAUUGGUGACCUAUUGAGUAACAUUUUUAUAACUAUAUCCUCAACUAUGGUGAGUUCGAGUGAUCAUAUUUCAUUUGGCAUGAGAUUAGGAUCUUUAUUCGGCAUAGCUAUCUUCGUUCUGUUCAUCUAUCGUCCCGCAAUGUUUUGGGUUGUUGAACACACUCCUGAAGGAAAAGAAGUUAAGGAUAUUUAUGUCAACAUUGUUAUUGGGAUUCUAUUUAGUUUGUGUUGGUUUUCAGGAUACCUAGAAAGAGGACCUGUCUUUUUACCGUUUAUUUUUGGAUUGGCUACACCAGAAGGACCUCCAUUAGGAUCUACAUUGAUUAAAAGAAUUCAUUUGUUAGGCCUAAAAUUGUUUUUGCCAAUUUUUAUGACUACUAGUACAAUGAAAGUAGAAUAUGGCUUUUGGAAUUCAUCAUCAACAUCGACACUUGAUGUAUUUUUGUAUGUUCUAUUUUUGGGUUAUUUUGUCAGAAUGGUAGCAUGUUUUAUAUGUUCACUCUUUUUCAACAUGCCUCCAAAGGAUGCUAUCACUCUUUCCUUGCUUUUGAACUGCAAAGGUGUUGUGCAAGUAACCAUGUACUCUACUGCAUUGGAUAGAAAUGAUAUCCUUUCCCAUACACAUUGUGUGAUUAUACUGAUAAUCAUGGUUUCAAUCUGCAUAACUCAUUUGCUGGUAAAACGUUUGUAUGAUCCUUCAAGAAAAUAUGCUGGCUACGAAAAGAGGAACUUAUUCAGUUUGAAACACAACUCAGAAUGGAAGAUACUAGUUGUCAUUCAUAAACAACAUCAUGUAACUCCUAUUACGGAAGUAAUCGAUCUAUGUCACCCUAUAGCCGAACGUCCUAUCACCGUAGACGCGUUGCAUUUAAUCGAGUUAGUUGGAAGAUCCUCACCUAUUUUCAUUUCUCACAAGAAGAAAAAAGUUGUUGCUUUAAACUUACAUGACUCUUACUCUGAUAAUGUUGUUCUUAAUCUCAAACUAUAUGAACAUGAUAAACUAGGUGCAGCAAUAAUAAACCCUUACACUGCCAUAUCUCCACUUAAUUUGAUGCAUGAAGAUGUUUGUCACUUAGCAUUUGACAAACUUUCAUCAAUUAUAAUCCUUCCUUUUCAUAAAAAAUGGUUUAGUGAUGGUAAGCUUGAAUAUGAAGACAAGAAUAUAAGGUCUUUAAACUGCUCAGUCUUGGAAAGAUCUCCAUGCUCAGUUGGAAUCCUAGUGACUCGUGGUAUUCGUCAAACGGAUUCAUUAUUUCGAUUAGCUUUAGUAUUUUUAGGUGGAAGAGAUGAUAGAGAGGCAUUAUGUUUGGCGAAUCGGGCAGCGCAAGACCCUAAUGUUGAGCUUGUGAUAUAUCACAUUGUAGACAAGAAGAGAACUUCAGAGGACAUGGAAAAUUUGGAAACAAGGUUGGAUAUAGCAAUGUUAAAAGAUAGUAAGAUAUCACACUCUGGAUUGGGAAAUGUAGCAUAUGAAGUAAUUGAAGUUGAGGGUGGAUCACAAACAAUUGAUGUUCUUAGACAAAUGGGAGAAGAACAUGAUUUUAUUAUAGUUGGGAGAAGACAUGGAAUCAAAUCUCCACAGACAUAUGGGCUUCAAGAAUGGAGUGAGUUUCCUGAGUUAGGUCCUGUUGGAGAUAUUUUGGCUUCAUCUGAUCUUGAUUGUAAAGCUUCUGUUUUAGUUGUGCAGCAACAACAACAAAUAUGCAUGUAGUUUUAUGUAUCUUGUCUUGGUUAAUUACAUUAAAAUUUAGGGUGUUUUUUGUUGUGUUGACUUGCUGUCUAAUUUCUCUAAUUUUAUACUUCGAUGCAA